AUGAAAUUACUUUCAUGGUUCGAUGAUGCAGUUGGGGGAGUUGGGGGUGUCGGGGGCGGGGAGGAGGGUUACUGUACCUAUAUAAAGGACGCCCACUAUCACGGUCGCUACAGUUCGAAGGCACCAAAAACUGAGAGUGCAAGCAUGGCUUUACGAUACUUGCACUAUUCUUACCAUAUUCUGUUGCAGGUUUCGCUAUCUUUGGCGGUCGCAGUUGUGGCCGACCAGACCUCACACGUGAGCAUCAGUCUCGGCGGUGCUCCUGCUGUCAGCCAUCACAGCUCCUCUCACCACGGACGCACUUCAUACCACCAUCAACCAACCUACCACACACGGUCCUCAUACCAUCCACAACCUUCCUACCAUCCUGCUCCCGCUUAUCACCCACAACCUUCCUAUGAGCAUGAAUAUGAGCCUGCUGUGCCAGAAUGUGCUGCCAACACAACCAAAUCGUGGUGUCUCGACGACGAUCAGUAUCCUAUCCACGAGAUCAAACACGCAGCUGAGUAUCACUACGAGAAGCUCCUCUCCCUCUACGCUGACGUAGCCGACCUCAACACCGAGCUGUCUGUGGACCGACCAAACACCCUGGAAGAGGAAACUUACUUGUGCCCAUCUGAGACCGCUUACAUCAGGCCCCUUCGUGCCCAGAACACCGAGGGAAAAUGGCGUGUCGUUGUAAACAAUAUCGAUGCCCACUAUCAAACUUUCACUCAGACAACACGCAUUGAAGAGUGUCUCACUUCCAGCGAUGCAUGUCCUCUGGUGCCUGAGUGCUACGAGUCCAAGUGUCUACAGAAGUCAAUCUAUCACCGCUUCCUUGUGUACAACUCCUAUGAUCAGUACUUCCCCUUCGCCAUCGAGACAUUCAAGCUUCCCGCCAGCUGUGCUUGUCUGUUGGGUGCCUACACCAUCGAUCAUUAG